UUUUAUGUUUUUGAAAGUUUUUUUAAAGGUUUAAAUUAUUUUCAUUUUUCAUUUCAAGGUAUCACUUGCAAGUUAUUGAUAGCUCUUAUGAAGAGUUUAUUAAAGUUAAGGAGACAUUGCACACUCAAAGCAACAUUUUGAAAUCUAGGUUAGCUGCAUUGCUUACUAUUAAAUCAGUCAUGCUCUUUUGGGAUAAGGCUGGUAUUCCUUAUAAACAAGACAAGUACAGUAUUGAAAAUAUUUUAAGGCUACAUGACAAAUGGAGGUUGCCUGCAAAAUCUAAAAAUAGAAUUUCUAAUAAAAAUAGUUUACUUGAACAAAACUUUAUUCAAUCAUUAGGUGGCAUUUUUGAUAUUAGUUCUCCUAGUUGGAAAGAUGACAUUAGAAAAACCAGAUCAGCUAAGGAUGCAGAUGAAGAUAUUGCCUGGUUUACAUCUCUUCAAAAUGGAAUAAAAACUGGAGGAAUUGGUGUAAAAGAUAAUGUGCUACAUUCUAGUGUUAGGAGAAAAAAAGAAAGAAUCAAAAAGAAACAGGCGGCAACUGAAAAUGAAAAAAAAAAGAAAAAUAGAUGAUGAAGAAACUGUUCAGUUGGUUGGUUAUAGUAGUGACUCAGCUGAAGAUUCUUAUGUCACUAAAUCUAGUCGUUCUAUGAGUUCUGCAUAUCAAAACUCUCCUAAAAGUAAUCCUGAGUUUAUUAUUUCUAAAAGGCAGCAAGGAGAAAAAAUAGAGACCGGAUCAGAUAGUAUCACACUGGUUCUGCCAAAAAACAUCAUUUCUCACCCAAUAAUAACAGCAACUGCAGAUAGAACUAAGCUAUCAAAUCCUCAGCUGAUGAUGAAUACUUCUGCAAUUCUAGUUUUAGGUGGUGUUAAACCUGACGAUGUUAGCCUUUUAAUAAAUACUAUAAGAAGAUCACGAAAAAGUUUGAGUAUUUAACUGUUUUGGUCAGUGGCUUUCCUAAUUGUGUUGAAGGAAAAAUAUUAUCAAUAAAACCUAUACAGUUUGGUACAGGACUUGCUAUUUGCAAAGGAAUUUUGGAAAACUUGGAGGAAUGGGAUCUCAAAGCCAACAUUAUCGCCCAGGUUUUUCAUAAGAAUGCAUGUAAUACAGGAUUGUAAAUCAAUGAAAACUAUUCUUUGACUGGCUUGUGGCUAUCACAUUUUAGAAUUGAUCUUGAGAGCAUUUUAGAGCUCCUUAUUUAAAAAAGAAAAAAAAGAUAAUUAUAAUAUAGAUUUCAAAGAUUUUCAACAAUAAUGGAUUUAUGCAGAAAAAGCUCCACUAAAAAAACUAUGCAGGUUUAUAUAUCUUGAAAAUUCUUUUCUUAAAUGAAAGCAGACGAAACUUGUGUGUUCUUAGAGAAACAAGUAAAAUGUAAGCAUCGCAGAGGUGAUUACAAGGAAGCUGUAGAGUUAGCACUUUAUCUUUUAGGCGGACCAGAACCUACAGUAUGGAAAACCUGUGGCAAAUCAUCAUGCCAGAUGGAUGUCACACUUGUUGUAUGCACCAAAGAUGUUCAUCUUUAAAGAACAUUUACUUAAUUCUGAUAUAGCAAAGUUAAAAAUCUUUUUGAUUUACAGCUCAUUUUUAUAUGUUAAAGCUUGGCUAGAAGCAACAAAAGGCUCUGAUGCACCAAUUAACGAUAUUAAUAUAUACAAUGAUCUAGGCUCUCUAGGGCAGAUCUCAGGCUUCUCUAGUGCAGCUCAGAAAGCUCAAGAAGUUCUUAACAGGCACUCAUGCUAUCUAACUGAGCAGGUCUCAGUCUUCAGUUUCUUUUCAAAUAAAGUUUCUGCUAAAGAAAAGGCUAAGAUUGCUUUAAAGUUGAUAGAUGUAGGAAAGCCACUUGCUAUCAACUCUGGAAAACCUUAUCUUUUAUCUAAUCACAAGAACUUAGAGAUAUUGCCAUAUAUUGGGAAAAGAUCUUGGUUGUUAUUUCAUAACUUAAAUGAUAAAGGUAAAUGGCUCAAACUCAAAAUGCGAUUCUUUA